AUGGAGCGGGAGGGAGCCCGGGCGCCGGCAGGGGGCGGGCUGGGACGCGGAAGUGCCGGUCCGCCGGGGGCAGCCCUCCGAGAGCCCGAGGCGCCGCCACCCCUCGGUGGGCUCGAGCACGGCCCCUUGAGACCUUCCGGAGGCGGUGGCUGGUCUGAGGACGACGCGGAGGACGUCACUGCGGGUCGGUGCUUCCUUACAGGUGCCUUCUGGACCGGGGUCCUUGGCACCUCCCCUGCUCCUGCCCUCGGUGCCGGACCCUGUGCCCUGGGAGCCCGACUACCUCGGUGUCCCAGCCGUCCCGGGCUUGGGGCGCUGAGAGGGCUGCGCGGCUUCCAGCCCGGAAGGCAGUGGUCCCGCGGGCUGCGCGCGGCCAAGGGCGACUCCGGUGUGGGAAUCCGGCGGAAGGGAAGCACCCGCAGGGAGGGCUGGACCCCGGAGGCUGCAGAGCGUCAGAAGCGACUCUAGGGAACUAGGGGGUGGGGUAGGGAGGCGGGGACGUGGAAUAAAGAAAGCUCCUGGGUGCCGGCUAUGAGAAGUCAGGUGUGCGUAGGCGUGGACAGAGUGCCGAUGUGGGAGUCUGGACACCUGGAUUUUCUGGUCGGGGCUCUGUGUCCUUGGGCUAAACAUUUGUGGUUCCACUGGCUCCCUAACACUUGAAAUGAUGUUUGAAGUUGCCUGGAAGAAGUCUCUUCCUUUUUUCUCUCAGAGGUGAUGGAAGAAAAACCAGAACAUCUGGAGGGCCGCUUGAGUUUACAGCCACCACCUGGGUUCACACCCUCUUAGCUCCUUUCAAAGCUGAAGCUCCAGGAAAGGUCAUUUGGGGUGAUUCCAAGAUUCAAGAAGAUAUGCCCAGGCCUUUCUUUCUAGUCGCCUCUUAGUCCUGUUGUUCAGUGGUAUCACAAGCUCUUUAAGCUCCAAGGUCCUUGAAGAUCUUCCUAAAACCACUGCACUGACAUCACCGAAGAAGUUAUGCAGCCCCAGGGCAACCUGAGCCAUGGUCUUCAUCUUUCCUGUCUCUUUGAGAAUUAGUGAGAAAAUUGGCUCAUCUGGGAUUCUACCCAUAGAAAUUCCCCCACAGAGGGAGAGACAAUUAGCAAAAGGAAAACAUCUAAAAAUAGUCCUUUGUGCUGCAGCGGAACACGGUUUUCCGGUAGGGCUCUCCUAUUCUGGAACCCAAUACCUAGAGCUAUUUCCUUACUUUGAGGAAAGUGCUAUUCCUGGAAAAAUAGCAAAUGAACAGGACAAUGCUGUGGUUCCCUCGACGGCACUUGAGCAGAGUGAACAGGUCCGUGUGUGAUUUUAAAACACAUAUGACCUCCUGAGCAUCAGUUUUUAUAUUUAUCACAACCCUCUCUGCCUCCUGGCAAGGUUGUGGCAAGAGUUCAAUUAGGGAAAACAUGUGAAAGUGCUUUGAAGAUUUUAAUUAUCUUUGCAACAUAAGGUGUUAUUACCAACUUCCCUGGGUUCUGGGUGUUAGACUAUUGAGGUCUAAUACAGUGGCUCUAUUAUUUGAUUAUAGGAAGCAUUUACGUGUGAGUCUUCUGACUCCACAACAGGAUUGUAAACUUUUAGGAUGCAGAGCAGGAAAGACAUCUCAGUACAAUUAAUAUUCAAAUGGUGUACUGUAUUGUUUAAAUGGCCAUCACAGUGAUUCUUAUGACCAGAGAGGAAAUGGAUCAUCACAGUACUUAUAAAAACAAACUGAACUAUUACAUUUAUAGAUUGUUUUGUUGGUAUUGAGCUUUCAGGUGAGUUCAGAGGGCACGUAACAUUUUAAUGCAAAAUAUUUUCUUACUGUAUAGUAUGGACAUUUGAUAAUAGUAAGCUCGUACUUUGUAAGUAUAUAUCAACAUAAGUUUCUACUUUGUAAGUAAGUAUGAAAGGGACUUGAUCAGUAGAAUUGUAUUACUUAGACAGUUUUUUAUUUUUUAAAAAAGGUUCUUACACUUAUCAGGAUUUCAAUGUUCAUGCUUUUUAAAGCAACUCCUCAUGUGAUUGUCACCCACUUCCACAAUUAGGCACACAGAGUACAGUCUUUCUGAAGUAUCUUGAGCAAUAUAUCAGAAUUCAUUUUUACAUGUAUCAUAACAUCCCAAAAAAGACAAAACAAAACAACAAAAAUAGCCAGGAGUACAUGAAGGGUAAGAAAGUGAUGUAUUUUAGUUUGAACAAGAACAUUCAUCUUUUCUCCUUUCUGUGUAUUAUCCCAUAAGCCAAACUCAAAAUUUUACUGGCAAUAAUAUUUUUAAUUUUAUAUUCAGAUAUAUUAUUGUUUUAAUACCCAAAUUUUAAAUUAUGUUAUCUGUCUGUAAUUGGGAUUUUUAAAGUUAGCCAUUCUUUCUGUUUUCUAAUUGACUUAGACAUCUUGGACAAAUUAUAGCAAGUGACUCACCAGUGUGGCUUCAAAAUAAAAUAAGUUAGCACUUUUUGAGAAGGAUUAGGAAUUCUGGUAUAUAAUGAUGGAUGAAUGUGUUUGAAUUCCUAGUACCUAAAUUUUUUCUUUUUAAAAAUAAUUACUAAGAGUUUGUAGAAAUUAAUAAUUGUGUAAGGGAGUUUUGAGAUAUUUAAAUUGUUACUUAUCUAAGAUAUUUUUCUAUUAAGACUAAACAUAGGCAUCUGUUCACUCUUGGCAUCAGCUGUGCAAUUAAUCAGUAUAUUUAUCUGUUUGGAAGAGAAUGUUGAAUUGGUAAUAACAUAUAAAGAAUCAUGCCAGGUUGCAAAACUUUUAUUGAAUAUAUCAAUGGCAAAAUGUCUGUUGAAUUGAUAUUAAAUUUAUUUUCACAAAGAAACCAACAUAUAAACUAAAAGAUGAAAAUCAGUACGCUAUCUAACAUGGCAUUUUUGUUCCAUGUUAUGCAUAUAGCCCAUUGACUCUGAAAGGGCACAAAACCAUGCCUGUAGCUCUCAUCUUAGCAAUACCUUCAAAUACAAUCUUGAUACUGUUUUUAAAAAAGCAAACAUGUUAUUUUAAAAUUUCUCUUCUUCCUUUUGUUCUUUUUUAUUUCUUUUUCCUUCCCCUCCCUGACUCCUGUUCCUCUGCUUCCUCCUUCUCCUUCUCUUCCUCUUCUUCAUCUUCAUUAUCUCCUUCUAUUAUUUUCCAAACUUUUUUAUCAUAAGUUUCCACUUAUGCAAAUGUUAUAAAAUAAGACUGAGAGUUCAUACAUACCAUUUACCCAAUUUCCCUAAUGUUAAUGACUUUCAUGACCAGUGUACAAAUAUCAAACCCAGAGCAUUUACACUAGUACCUUGUGAUUAACUAAACUACAAACUUUAUUCAGCUCUCACCAGCUAUUCAGCUCUCACCAGCUCUUCCCCACCCUCAUGUCCUUUUUCUGUACCAGAUCCAACUACGACCCAUAUUGCAUUUGAUUGUCAUGUCACUUGAAUCUCCUUCAAUCUGUGAUGGUCCCUCAGUCUCCCUGUCUUUCAGUACCUUGGCAUUUCUAAUAGGUAUUGGUCAAAUAUUUUGCGGAAUGUCUUUCAAUUUGGAUUUGUCCAAUGUCUUCUAAUGAUUAGUCUAAGGUUAUUCAUUGGCAAGAAUGCCAUAGAAGUGAUGUUGUAUCCUUCUUAGUAUAUCAUUAUGGCAGGGGGGAGGGUACAUGAUGUCAGUUAGUGGUAUUAACCUUGAUUGCCUGGUUAAAGUUAUGUCUACUAGAUUUCCAUAUUGUAAAGUUACAUUUUUUUCAUUUAUAAUUGAUAAAUAUAUUGAGGAAAAAACUUUGA